AUGGUUGCGAGCACGCUAGAGACUGACACCAUGGCCGACCCAGCACUUGCAGAGGAGCGUGACUGGCAGGGUCUGGAGGAAACCGUCUCGGACGAGGAGGAGGCCAGAGUCAUCUUCUGCGCCCUCGACUCUUUUCUGCAAUAUGGUAGGGUGGCUCACUUCAACUGUACCCACCUGCGGCGCCAGUCAUUCUAUGCGCUGCCAGAGGCGCACUGGAAAAUGUUGGCCGCCCCGCCAUUCAACUACCUCGAGACCCUUGACAAGGUUGACGCGGCCAUCGACUCAAACGCUGAGCUCGCCAGAGGCAUUGUCAAGCAUGGGCUGAGGAGCCUGGCCGUGAAGGAAACCUCGUCAGAGGGCGACUUUCCUUCCAUGCCAGAGGAGUGGGUUGGGGUCGCCAAGUACGGUGACAUUGACAAAGCCAGGAGCACGAUCCGCCAGUUCUAUCGCGACUGGUCUGCAGAGGGAGCAGAGGAGAGGGAGGCCUGUUACGGCCCCGUCAAGCGAGCCCUGGCUGCCGAGCGAAGCAGGCAUCCGGAAAUCCAGCACCUCAAGGUCCUCGUCCCCGGGGCUGGUCUGGGCCGGCUGGUCCUUGAUCUCUGCCUCGAGGGCUUUGAAACGGAAGGCAACGAGAUCUCCUACCACCAAUUAUUGGCGUCUUCCUAUAUACUAAACAACUGUCGUGGUGCGGGGCAGCACACGAUAUUCCCAUGGGUUCAUACCUUCUCCAAUCAUCUUACAAGAGAUCGCCAUCUCACAAGCUACAAGAUCCCGGACAUUCAUCCUGCUACUGUCCUCGCGAACACGGAGUGCGUGGGGGCGAUGUCUAUGUGCGCGUCGGAUUUCCUCUGUCUCUAUGGCGACGACGAACACACUGCUCAGUACGACGCCGUUGCGUCCGUCUUCUUCCUCGACACGGCGCCCAACCUCAUUCGCUACCUGGCCACUAUCUUCCACUGCCUCAAGCCCGGCGGUAUCCUGGUCAACAUUGGCCCCCUCCUCUGGCACUUCGAGGACCGGGCUCCCGGCAACCACGGCCACGACGACGACGGUGACGGGGAGCACGACCCCAACAACUCGACAGGCAUAGCGGACCCGGGAAACUUCGAGCUGUCUGACGACGAGGUCAGGGCGCUGGUUGAGAAGGUCGGGUUCAAGGUCGAGGCCUGGGAGACCAGCAUCCGGGCUCCCUACAUCCAGGACCCCAAGUCCAUGCUCCAGACCGUCUACCACGCGUCCUCUUGGGUGGCGCGCAAACCAGCCGUCUAG